GGCCUGCCUGAUCCUGCCGCUGGCACAGCCUCGUCUUUUGUCCACGCCUCAGCCGAACGCAAUCAUGUUCCGGGGCUUAGUCAUGACAACCGAAUGAAGUGGACACAGGCCUGAUGGUCCACUUUGGAAGAUGCCGACGGUCCAGAAAUCGGCUUUUGGCCAAUCUGGAAGUCAAGAAUGUCGAAGCAAACUGCAAAAUGUUGUGUAUAUGAUUGGUUGCCAAAUGACUUGGCGAUUGGAGGUGAGAGUGAAUUGGCCGUCGGCCACCCUCUUCUUGGCGCAAGUUGUUUGAUGCCAUUUUUAGUGAAGCACGCCUUCUCGACAGCGGAUCUCGGCUGCAUCGAAGCGGCAGCCCCCCACCCCCCGCCUCGUCACGCCACGGCAACUCUUCGUCUUACGCCUCCAUAA